AUGGCAUUCGGCCGAUUCGACCCCAAUUGGAACAACACCAACAUGACCACCCUCUGCGGCUGCUAUGUCUUCAUUGACAACAACCUCAAAUACUUGCCCCAGGUCCAGGUCAAGGCGCACACCACAAUUCUCGCCACAACAUCUCGCACCAACCUUACGCAAACCUUUGUCAACCCCACCUCCAACACCAUCCAGGAACUUCGCUAUGUAUUCCCUCUUUACGAUGGCGUCUCCGUUGUGGCUUUCACCUGCACCGUUAGCUCGAAGACCAUCAAGGGAGAAGUCAAGGAACGCCAAAAGGCACAACAGGACUACAACAAAGCCAAAGCCAAGGGCCAAGUUGCUGGUCUUUUUAAGCAGUCCCUCGAAGCAGCCGACACCUUCUCCACAUCAAUCGGCAAUGUUCCCGCCGGCGAGAAGGUCCACGUCGACAUCACCUACCUAGGCGAGCUCAAACACGAUGCCCAGGUCGACGGUGUUCGCUUUACCAUUCCAACAAGAAUUGUACCCCGGUAUGGAUCUGCCCAGUCCCUUGCCAGUCCCAACGUGACUCAACAAGGCUUUUCUUUCACUAUCGAUGCCGAAAUGCCUGAUGGAUCUUCUAUCAAAUCCAUCCAAUCUCCUUCGCACCCCUUGUCUGUUGAGAUCGGCACCACUUCUACUACGAAAUCACAGGAGCCCUCACUUCGUAGAGCUUCUGCAACCCUGCAACAGGGAGCCACCCACCUGGAGCAGGACUUUGUUGUACAGGUGGUUGCUACGAAUCUUGGUGAACCAUCAGCCAUCCUCGAGACCCAUCCGGAUCUGCCAAACCAGCGUGCAAUCAUGACAACCCUGGUGCCUAAGUUUAAGCUUCCCGCCGAGAAACCAGAGAUUGUUUUUAUCUGCGAUCGUAGUGGAAGUAUGUCCGAUCAAAUCUCCAACCUCAAAGCCGCCCUCGAGGUCUUUCUCAAAUCCAUGCCUGUCGGUGUCAAGUUUAAUAUCUGCAGCUUUGGGUCCAGUUUCACCUUCCUUUGGGAGCGCUCCCAAACAUACAGCCAAGAAACUCUUGACAACGCAGUCCAGCAUGUGCAAACCUUCUCUGCCAACUACGGCGGUACUGAGAUGUACCAGCCUUUGGAGGCCACCUUCAAGAAGCGAUACAGGGACAUGAACCUUGAGGUCUUCCUUCUCACAGAUGGCGAAAUUUGGGCACAAGAUCAGCUUUUCAAGCUCAUCAACGACGAGAUCGAUCGAAGCAAGGGUACGGCGAGAGUAUUUUCUCUUGGUAUUGGAUCUGGCGCUAGCACCUCUUUGAUCGAGGGUAUUGCUCGUGCAGGUAACGGCUUUUCCCAAACUGUUGCCGAUAACGAGAAGAUGGACAAGAAGGUGGUCCGUAUGCUCAGAGGAGCUUUGUAUCCUCAUAUUACCGACUAUUCUCUCAUCAUCAAAUAUGAGAGUGUGGAAACCCCCGCUGAUGAUGGGUUCGAAUUGGUUGAAAAGGUCAUGGACGGCCUCACGAUUAACACUGCCGAGGUCGCUGGCCACAGUGCUGGAGGGAGUCAGGCACCAAAGAAGCCGCUGUCACUUUUCGAUUCAUCUAUCAACAACGAUGACGACAGCGACAUGAUUGAUACAUCAGCAGUCGAAAACAAAUUCGAUCAUCUUCCUUCCGUACCAGUGCCGCGGUAUCUCCAGACUCCUAGUCAGCUUCCCCCUCUCUUCCCAUUCAGUCGCACCACUGUCUAUAUACUUCUAUCUGAUGCUACCCCGGAGAAACGACCAAAGUCGGUCAUUCUCAAGGGUACUUCCCGCCACGGCCCACUUGAACUUGAAAUCCCCAUCACCGAACUUGCCGAGAAGGAUUCAACCAUCCACUGUCUUGCCGCUCGCAAGGAAAUCAAGGAGCUGGAAGAAGGUAGAGGUUGGCUCGCCCACGCCAAAGACUACUAUGGCAAGCUCCUCAAGGAAAAGUACGACGGUCGUUUCACAGACAUGGUUGAGAAAGAAGCAGUACGUCUGGGUGUCAGAUUUCAGGUUGGCGGCAAGUGGUGCUCAUUUGUUGCCGUUGAAGAUGACGAACAGGAAAAAGAUAUCGGAUUCUUUGACGAACUCAACUCUGAAGAGGAUGAACCGUCGCCCAGGCCAUCAGCCUUUGGUGUGAGAAAGAGAGGUGCCAAGGUGAUGCGCGCUAAGAUGGCAGUGGCCGCUCAUGUAAGGCCUGCCUCCUCCUUGUUUGGAGGAAGUUCCAACACUGGAGGUAGUCUUUUCAGCUCAGCCCCAGGAGGACAGCCUAGCACUACCAGCGGUCUCUUUGGUUCGUCCAGCACUGGUGUGAAUCCUUUCGGCUCGGCCUCACGAAGACAGCCUGGCACUGGUGGUGGUCUCUUUGGUUCUUCCAACGCCAGUGGUAAUCCUUUCGGCUCAGUCUCAGGAGGACAGCCCAGCAACGUUGGUGGUCUCUUUGGAGCUGCUCCUGGAGGUUCAUCGGGUACAGGCACUGCCUCUUUCGGUGGUGCUGCCCAGGGCUUUCUCGGUAACAGUCAACCGCCAAUCGUGCAAGCCGCAGCACUUGCACCCCCAGCAGCCCCAGUCGAUGAGGCCCUCAUUGCUAAGUACCAAAGUGAGAUGGACGCGGCUGCUGCCAUGCCAUUGGCGGAUGUUUCUUCAGAUGAAUGUGAAGCUGAAGGCUUUGGGUUAUUUGGUGAUGGACCUGCUCCUGCUGCUGCUCCUGCUCCUCCCACGGCACAUGAAGAAGAAGCUGAAGAGUCGGAUGAAGAUAUUGGCUUUUGCUUGUAUGAUGAUGGACCUGCUGCUCCUCCUGCCGCUUCCUAUUCGUCCAUGCUAGUCAAGGACAAAAAUCCGUUGGAAGCCCUUACAAGUUUGCAGACAUUUUCGGGGAGCUGGUCGUGGAGCGCAGACCUUGAACGCGUGCUUGGCGUGAAGUUUGAAGAGGUCACCAAGCUUGGUCUCCCGUCUACUUAUAAGGGUGACAUCCUGGCAACAGCUUGUGCGAUCUUGUUCUUCAAGCUCAAACUGAAGGAAGAGGAGGAUGUCUGGGAGAUGCUAGUCGAGAAGGCCGAAGGUUGGCUGGAGGAUAACAUUGGAGAAGAUGGUGUCAAGGAACUUGAGAUUGCUCUUCAGAAGCUGUUCUAG